AUGACACUACCUGCUUUCGAACCAAAAAUUAUUGUUAACAAUGAUAAAUGUACCAUUGAAGGAAAUACAUUAAAAUCAAAGUAUACUUAUACUAGUAAUUUAGUUACUAAAAAUGACUCUACAAAUUCUUAUAUAGUUGACACUGUAAAGAAAGAUUAUGAAUUUAAUGUUGAUUUGAAUUUACCAAAGCUAGGUAUUAUGUUGGUAGGUUUAGGUGGUAAUAAUGGUACUACUUUGUUGGCGUCGGUUUUGGCAAAUAAAAACAACCUUGAAUUUUAUUCGAAAAAUUUUAAAGGUUUGAAGAAAGCUAACUAUUACGGUUCUGUUACUCAAUCAUCUACAAUUAAGUUAGGUAUUGAUCCUAAGACAAAUGACGAAAUAUAUGUUCCAUUUACUGAUAUUCUUCCUUUAAGUAAUCCAAAUGAUUUUGUUAUUACUGGGUGGGAUAUUAGUGAUUUAAAUUGUUUCGAAGCUAUGCAAAGGGCAUGUGUUUUAGAGCAUGACUUACAAAUGCAAUUAAAGGAUGAAAUGGAAAAAAUCAAACCUCUAAAAUCCAUUUACUAUCCAGACUUCAUUGCUUUGAAUCAAAAUGAAAGAGCCAAUCACUGUUUCAAUAGAAAAUCUGAAGCCGAAGGUAACAAAGAUCCAUUAUCUUUGGAUGGUUUAACAAAGAACAAGUGGUCGCACGUUGAGCAAAUUCGAGAUGAUAUUAGAAACUUCAAGAAAGAGAAUAACUUGGAUAAAGUCAUUGUUUUAUGGACGGCUAACACUGAACGUUACUCUACUAUUGAAGCCGGUGUCAAUGAUAAUGCUGACAACUUAUUAAACGCUAUCAAAAAUGAUCAUAGUGAAGUUUCUCCAUCCACUAUUUUUGCUGUCGCUUCUAUUUUAGAAGGUGUACCUUACAUUAAUGGUUCCCCACAGAAUACAUUUGUGCCAGGUGUGAUUGACUUAGCUGAAAGAGAGCAUUCAUUCAUUGCUGGUGAUGAUUUUAAAUCAGGUCAAACAAAAAUGAAAUCAGUUUUAGCGCAAUUUUUGGUGGAUGCCGGUAUUAAACCGUUAUCCAUUGCUUCUUAUAAUCAUUUGGGUAACAAUGAUGGUUUCAACUUAUCUUCUCCAAUGCAAUUUAAAUCAAAAGAGAUCUCAAAGAGAGGUGUUUGUGACGAUAUGAUUGAAUCCAAUCAAAUCUUAUUUAAUGAUAAAGUUGGUAAGACUAUUGAUCACUGUAUUGUCAUUAAAUAUUUAAAUGCAGUUGGCGAUUCUAAGGUUGCUAUGGAUGAAUAUUACAGUGAAUUGAUGCUAGGUGGCCAUAACAGAAUUUCAAUUCACAACGUGUGUGAAGACUCUUUAUUAGCUACUCCUUUAAUUAUAGAUUUGUUAGUUAUGACAGAAUUUUGUACCAGAGUUACUUAUAAAAAAUUAGGUGAAGGUGCUACUGAUUACGAACAAUUCUAUCCGGUAUUGACCCUAUUGAGUUACUGGUUAAAGGCACCAUUAACUAGACCAGGUUUUAAGCCAAUAAAUGGUUUAAUGAAACAAAGAGCCGCUUUAGAAAACUUUUUAAGAUUAUUAAUUGGCUUACCACCAUUAGAUGAUUUAAGAUUCGAAGAAAGAUUGAUUUAA